AGCUUGAUUCACCAUGAUUAGUGCGGUGGCGAAAUCGGGCAAUCUUGCCCCUUACCUGAAGAACACUAGCCAGGCCGUAGUGUCAUCCCUGAAAACCUCAGUGAAACCAGUUGUCGUGUCCUCCGAUAAAGUUGUGGCACCUACUCCUGUUUCGAAGAGUACCGAUUUUUCCCUAGGCAGUGCACUUAAUCGCGGUAAAAUCUCCGUGCAGUACGGUCUCAAUGGACCUCUUCAAAUCCGGUCAGCUCACACCGAUGUCCGUGUUCCGGAUUUCACUUACUACAGGAAGACAUCAACACUCGACCCCACCAAGAAAGCCGAAGCCUCUGAGUCAUCACGUAAAACAUUCGCCUACACAGUCACUGCAGGUGGAUUUGUUCUUACGACGUAUGCUGCCAAGAAUUUGGUUGGCACAUUUGUUACCAGUAUGAGCGCCUCAGCCGAUGUGUUGGCUCUUGCAUCUAUCGAAGUUAACCUUAAUGAUAUCCCAGAAGGCAAAAGUGUCACUUUCAAGUGGAGAGGCAAACCUCUGUUCAUCCGUCACAGGAAUGGCAAGGAGAUUGCCACUGAAAGUGGUGUCGACUUAGGAUCAUUGAGAGACCCCCAGCACGACACUGAGCGAGUAAAGGACCCCAAAUGGCUUAUUGUCAUUGGUGUCUGCACUCACUUGGGUUGCGUGCCAGUGGCCAAUGCCGGUGACUUUGGUGGUUACUAUUGCCCAUGCCAUGGCUCUCACUAUGACGCAUCUGGCCGCAUCAGGAAAGGACCUGCUCCCCUCAACCUGGAGGUUCCUCCCUAUGAAAUCAAGGACGAUGGAAUGGUUAUUGUAGGCUAAACUAAUUUUUUUAGACAAUUGUAGUAAAUUGCACAUGGACAUCAACUAUUCAUAUCUUGCUUUUAUUUUCUCUCUAAAAAUAUCCGAGCUAUCUUCCAUCCGGCAGAAACUGUUUCAUCCAAAUAACAUUUUGAUUGGUUAAUUUUAUUAGCGUUCUGCCUUAAACUAUGGCCGUCGUUUUUUUUCUUUUCUUCUCUCGGAUUUACAGGUAUGUAAAUCAUGUAUUGUAAAGACAAACUAUACUAUGUGUGUUACUGGAGCGCCCAGCUUGCUCCGCGUUGUACAGUACGGGGAUCCUUUGACCCAUCAAUAAAGGAUUUUAAGUUUUA